ACUUUCACAAUCUUUUCGUUUCGCUUUUUACUGAUAGAUAUUUAUUUUGUAUGUUCUUGUCGGCGCUUCCAAUGUUUUUGUUUGAUCCUAUGGUUCAAGUUGUUUCCCUCUGAUUGAGAUGUGACUGCGAAGAAAGUGUUUCUGAUUUUGAAUCUAGUUUCCUUCUUUAGAUGUCGUUUCUUCUCUAUAAUCUGUCAGUGAAAUUAAUUAUCUCCUCCUUGUUCAUAUAGUACGCAUGCUAUCGAUUUAUAGCGGCUUAUUCUCGUUAGCUUCUUGGAAAGAGUCUUGAGAGCUUUGUUUGAUUUGGGAACUUCGUAGAAAGGGAAGGAAUGAUGCAUAGCGGCUAGAAAGAUAUACUGAGUUUAUAGAAGUUCUAGUCUGAAUCUGAAUUUCCUGGAGUAAUGCAGGGUUGGUAAUUUAUUGGACAUAUUCAGUCAUUGCUUGGAGGAAGCUUCCGCGGGGUUAAGUUUACCUAAUUGAUAGUGGAACAUUCUGAUUAGGGGCCACGGUUUUACAGUAAUUGUUGUAAUCCUCAAAAUUAGGAAGUGAUAGACUAACUGAAGACAACUCAGACGAUGUUUGUCAUGAAUUGUAUUCUAUUCCUGUGACAAUAAAACAUAUAAUCUGUGGUCAAACUAUGCAUUUAUUUCAAUAUUAUUAGGAUCGCCUCUGGGUUUGUAAUUCGCCAAUGGACAAGACAAUUUUGAGGCACAUGUUGUCUUGUUAAUAAGAUAAAAAAUAUGGGCCUCAGUUUGUAUUCCCAGUACAAGUUUAUACUCUUAUUUGUUUUUGUAGUUUACGCUUACAACAAUUCAACAUUGAUUUCCCAACUCCCCACCCCCACAAACUUAUUAUCUACCUUAAAAAUGUAAAAUUAAGGAGGGCUUUCAAAGACUGAUCUGAUUAAUGAAACAAAGGUAUUCAUAAUUUUUUCCUGCAUUGGAAGGAACCCUUGAUUUAAAGUUAUAUCAAUGUAUCAGACACUUGAGAUAGGUAAGAUUAUGCCAGAUUAAGAAAGAUCAGGAGUUUGUUUAUUGACUAGUAACAUAAGGAUAGCUAUUGUUUUAAAUUUUACGGUGGAUGAAAGAUAAACUGUGGAAAGUUAGAAUAGAUUUAUAAAUAUUAAUAUUUGUAACAUUUAUAAAUCUGGUGGAGGAUAUAGCUUUUUGUUGAUUGAAGUGAGAAAAAGAAUCUGCAUUUAAACAGUGCGCUUACCAAAGCUACAUUUUUGGGAUGUAUGCUUUGUUUCUUAAGGGUAUCUAGCUAACUUAUUAACUCAAUAUGCCAUAUAAUUGGACAUUUUUGUCCUCUUUUCUUUUGCUCUGUGAAGUUGACUGCAGAUUUAUUGGGUCUCUUUAUGUGAGGGAGUUUUGAAAUAUACUUUCAGGUAUGCCCAGAGGCUACGUUUAUGUUUUUAAUUAUUUUGCAGGUUGAUAUCUUCUGCCUUCACAUGUCCCUUCUAUUUUGCCUUUGAAUUGGGUAAUAUCUGAUUAAAGAGCUAUGCAGAAGGAUACUAGUCCCCAUGUCCAUGCCCCAUCAACUCCCACUGGUCGGGCUAGAAAUCAGAAACGCUCAAAUGAGGCCAUUCCAGAAGUUGGCAAAGCAAAUGGAACCAAUUUACUUGUUCAUGACAAGAACAAAUACAAGUCUAUGUGGAUCCGUGCACAUUCAACAUUUUGGAUGAUUUCUGGCUUUGCUUCAAUCAUCUAUAUGGGUCACCUCUAUAUUACUGCGAUGGUGGUGGUUAUUCAAAUCUUUAUGGCAAGAGAGCUUUUCAAUUUACUCAGGAGAGCUCAUGAAGAUAGGCAGCUGCCAGGAUUUAGGCUAUUAAAUUGGCAUUUCUUCUUCACUGCAAUGUUAUUUGUAUAUGGACGAAUCCUGAGUCAACGUCUUGUCAACACUGUGACAUCAGACAAGGUUUUAUAUAAGCUUGUGAGCAGCCUUAUAAAGUAUCAUAUGGCGAUCUGCUACUCCUUGUACAUUGCAGGGUUUAUGUGGUUCAUUCUCACUUUAAAGAAGAAAAUGUACAAGUAUCAAUUUAGCCAGUAUGCUUGGACACACAUGAUUCUGAUUGUUGUGUUUACACAAUCUUCCUUCACUGUCGCAAACAUUUUUGAAGGAAUUUUCUGGUUUCUUCUUCCAGCAACACUUAUUGUCAUCAAUGACAUUGCUGCUUAUAUCUUUGGUUUCUUCUUUGGAAGAACCCCACUGAUCAAGUUAUCUCCUAAGAAAACUUGGGAGGGCUUUAUUGGAGCAUCCAUUGCAACCAUAACCUCUGCAUUUCUGCUAGCAAACAUCAUGGGUCGUUCCAAGUGGUUAACAUGUCCAAGGAAGGAUUUAUCAACCGGUUGGCUUUCCUGUGAUCCCGGUCCACUGUUUAAGCCAGAAUCUUACCCUUUACCAGGAACUAUUCCUCAAUGGUUUCCUUGGAAAGAGAUAUCAAUCCUGCCAGUUCAAUGGCAUGCUUUAUGUCUUGGCUUGUUUGCUUCAAUUAUUGCACCCUUUGGAGGUUUCUUUGCAAGUGGUUUCAAAAGAGCUUUCAAAAUAAAGGAUUUUGGUGACAGUAUUCCAGGUCAUGGUGGAAUUACUGACAGAAUGGACUGUCAGAUGGUGAUGGCAGUUUUUGCAUAUAUUUAUCAUCAAUCAUUUGUUGUGCCGCAAAGUCUCUCAGUUGAAAUGAUUUUAGAUCAGAUAUUGAUGAACCUAACAUUUGAAGAACAACGAGAUCUAUACUUGAGGCUGGGUCAGAUGUUGCAAGAAGGUAUUCAAAGGCAGCCUUAGAUUUUCUACUUUGUGAUUUAAUCAUUAAUUAAUGAGGGAGGAUUGGUGGAGAUAAUUUGUACAUGCUUGUUCUAAUUUCUCAGAGAAUAUUAUUUGCAAAAUCAGGAAGCUGUCAGUGUGUGUAUAGUAUAUCUUGACCACUAAUAUUUGAUUAAAUUUCUGUUUUAGUUCUUGAAAUGUGAUCAAGUUUUUUU